UGAAAGCGGACAUGCAAAUGUUGGGCUUGUCAAACACUAAAAUGUUUUCUUUCUUCUUGAGAAUUAUGGCAUGCUGCCUGCGGAGCCUGGGAGAUCUGACGAGUGAAGGAGGGAGCCUGGGCAGCGGAGGAAGCAGAGUGUGGGAAAGGGCAGGCGGCAGAGGCACGCGCCAGAUAAGCGGGGGCGCUGAGGACAGCCGCCCUGCGCCAUGUGCCUCAGGCCGUCCCUUCCGAGCCCCGCAUGCUGGCGAGGUUGGAGGUUGCCUUCCAGGAACUGGAGGCGGGGAUACGGGAAAAGCCAGCUGCCCCACACUCUUGCGCAUGCGCACUGACAUCUCACCCGUGCUCCCCUGGUGGGGGCGGGGCUCGCCCGAGUCACCUGGGAGCUCCAGCCAGCCUUUGCCUCAUGAAAGUAUGGAAACAGGGCGGGAGGUGGCCUCCUCUUCAUGCCAGGGCGCCGCGCUUGGGUUGGGCACAGAGUAUCUACGUCGGGAGAGGCAAGCCACCUCGGCGGGUUUGUGUGUCUGUGAAACGAAGAUGGGAACCGAGACUCGGCAGGUCCCCGGAGAAGCUGGCCGCCCCCGCGUCCCCAGCCCCCGGCCGGGCUUGUGCGGACGUGUCUCGGGCGUGACCUCUGAGCAGCUGCGCCACCGGCUCAGCCUCGCGGCGGGAGAAACCCGAGCUCCUAACAAAACAGUUCCAUCUUUGGCAAGUCCUCUGAUACCAUGUGGUCAACAGUGGCUGAGAAGAUUUAAACCCUUACAAGAGGAAAUCUUUCUAAUAUCAUCCUCCCUCCCCCCCAAGCUGAUUCAAGUUGUCACUUUAGGAGCUGCCUCUACCUGCCUGAAGUACUGGAAUGCCGAGUUGAAAUUGACAAAAAAUUAAUGCAUUCUUUCGGGGGAAGACGUUUUGUGGCCCCAUGAUAGUACUCAACAGUUAUUGAGUGCUUACUCUGUGCUAAGCACUUUAAUGCAAUAAUUCAUUCAAGCCUCACAACAAUCCUAUGAAUCCUAUGAAGUAGGAAUUCUUGUUAUACCUGUUUUAUAGGCAACGAAAUGGGCACAGAGAGGUUCAGUAACUUGCUCAGGGUCACACAGCUAGUAAAUGGUAGGGCUGGGAUUGAAACUUAGGCAGUCUUGCUCCAGAGCCUGUGCUUGUAACUACUGUGCUCACCAGAUGAAAGAUGCUGUGUUCUAGAAUUCCUCUUCUAGCACGCCGGAUCUCAACAAGGUGGAGAAACAAGCUCUGGGAAGUUUGGAAAUCAGAUGUGACAAAGUCAGGCUUUCUGAAAUGUCCUGACUUAGUCAGAUAGAGCUGGGGCCUGUGGGGGAGGUGUAUACAGUCCUCACCAGGAAUUGUGUACGUUCUGUUAGUUUUGGUCAGGUUGGUGGUGUGUUAACACUCACCCUGCCAUUCUUGGGAAGGCUUCCCUGGCGUUUCGACUUAUGGGAAAGGGAUAGGACAGGCAGUGACAAGAGGUGAGGAUUGUAGUCAGUCGGCUACCAGUAUUGGUGUGAAAAAAGGGGGGGUAUAAGAGCGACAUGCUGCCUGGCAGCCCAGCCAGGACCUUCCCUGAGAGUCAGGGGAAGGGCCUGAUCUCACCUUUACUGCUCCAGGAAGUGUUCCGGGCCCUUGGAGGCCCCCUCCUCUGAAGCCCGGGUCUGGCAGGCCACUUUAUUGAUGGACAGAAGUUGUCAAGGAGUCAGAAUUUGUUUCCCCAUCGAGGACAUCCCCUUCCUGGUAUGCAUGUAUAAGGAGUGGAACGAGGCAUUGGAGGAUGCUUUUGGGGAGAGGGCAGUGAAAAAGCCAAGGUUCUAGGAUGGGUUGGGGGCUCAUUUCUCUGCAGUGUGGAAGAGCUAGAAGCAUUGUUUCCCUCACACACACACACACACAAUACAGGAAGUUCACUUCCCACUGGUCUGAAUGUCUCUCUAGAUUAAUCCUUACUCACAGAUUCCACUACUUUUGUGGUAAUGGUCUCUACAGUGCCAUUUUAUACCAGUGAAAGUACGCACACAUGUACCUUCAGUUAGGCAGGAAAAGUCUUUCCCUAUGGCCCCCUCUCCGGGUACGAGAGUGUGAGGGUCCUGGCACACAGCAGGAGUACAGAAAGUGCCACCCCCUACCCACCUUUAUAGGACAGUGAUUAGGGCACAGAGCAGCCGUGGGUCUGUACCUCAGUCACCUGGACUGUAUCUGGGUGUCACCAGGCCAACCCUCAGUGUAAGUAUUCCUUUAGAUGGGUAAACGGUGUGGUGGGACAUGCAUACCUUUUGUGGGUUCCUUUAUGGCUGUGCCGCUUACUUGCUCUGUGAUCUUGGGCAAGUUACUUAACUUGUCUGUGCUUUGGUUUUGUUGUCAGCAAAAUGGUGCUAAUACUAAUAAUCGUCUCAGAGGGUUGUUGUGAGGAUUAAAAUGGGCUAAUAAAUGUAAGAUGCCCGGCACAUGCUAAGUUGCUUAAUAAAUAUUAGCUUCUGCUUUUGCUACUAUUACAGCUAUUAUUAUUAGGCAACUCUAGGCAGCUUACUUUACCCCUCUGAAUCUCAUUGUUCUCAUAUGUAAGAUGGGUGUAAUACUAUCUGUUUUAUAGGAUUGUUGUGAGAAUUAGUGUUAAUUACUGUCAUGAAGUGUGCCGUUUAUGUGUUCGCUUUAGCCUGGUUUAUGUCCCAGGCGACGACUUUAUUUUCAGAUAUGAGGAGGUUUCCUGUAAGAGCUUCAAAAUACUGACCGUAGCCAGUGAGGGUGCUUGGACACUGCAUAACCUCAACCACAUCCCCUUCCCCAGCUGUAAAAUGGAAUAAUAACCACCCCUAGGAAUCUCAAGGACCUUAGGAGGAAAAAAGUAGACAAUAAUAUACAAAGAAGCAUUUUUGAGCUCCUCUGAAGAGAAACGCACAUAAAUGGAAGGUGGGAUUAUAAGGUGGAGUAAGCACUGAUUUCUCUCCCCCUCUUUUUUAUUUACUUAGAAGAAAACUAGCAAUUAGGAAGCAUGGCCUUGUUAAAGCGGUGGCCUGGGAAAUUGUUCUCUUGGCACCUAAUCAGGACUUGUGACACGGCAAGUUUUUGCAAAAUGUGGGCAGCAGGGGACCUCCCCCCAGGCCCAGCGAUAGGGCUGCAGAUCGUGAGGAAUGUGCUGUCUGAGGGCCGUGGCCUGGGGGGGCUGACACAGAGCCCGCCAGGGGCGCCUCCCUGGUCUCCUGUUCCCUGAGGAAGUCUCCCCCCAGGUCAGCAAGGAGGCUCCACCCAGCUCAGGAGCCUUAAUCCCUGGAGCCUGAAGUCACCCUUCUGUGCCUGUUUCAGCUUGCUGCUGUCCUGGAUCCAAGCUUUUCCACCCUUGCGCCCUCUCGUCACCACCGGGGUGACCGCAGGGCUCUGAAAGCUCCUCCCAUCUGGGCUUUUUGCUCUAAUUCGGUACCGAGAGGAAGAAAUCUGCCGGCUCUCCUUAAGAUGGGCCAGAGCGGAGUUAGGUGCUUGGGGCCUCCGCUUGCCCCCUCACUGUGCCUGGCUUCCUGAAGCUGUCUCCGGCUGGGAAGACUCCCUCCUCUCCCUGAGUCCCAGUCUGCCCGUUGUUCUUCUGCAUCCUGCUAAGAAACUGCCUCUGCCAGGAGGCCUCCCCCAGCCUUCCCAGGUGCCAUUACCCUCUUCUUCCUCUUCUAGACUCUAUUCGAUAUAGGGUGGUUUUUGUGUUAGUCCUUAUCUCACCUUUGACUCUGAGCUGCUGGAAGGAAGGGAAGGGACAGAAAUUGGAGAGGUAAAGUAUACCCAGCCAGGUGCCACGGCCGGAAUUAUGCGCAGAAUUGACUGAGUUGAUUUCCCCUCACUGCAUUGGCAAAGCAAGCGGACAGCUUUCUGUGAAACACUGGGAUGAGCAAGUCUUUUAAAAAUUAUGAAUGAUUUUAAAUAUACAGAAAAUAUUAUAGUAGGCACACAUGUGUCCACCACACAGGUUACCAGAUAAUAGUAUUUUACCUUAAAUAUUUGCCUUAAAUAUCUUCUUUUCUUAUUUUUUUUAAAUAAAACUUUUAGACAUGGAAGCAACCUAAAUGUCAUUGACACAUGAAUGGAUAAAGAAAAUGUGGUAUGUAUAUAUACAAUGGACUAUUACUCAGCCAUAAAAAAGAAUGAAAUAUUGCCAUUUGCAGUAACAUGGAUGGACCUAGAGAUUACCAUACUAAGUGAAGUAAGUCAGACACAGAAAGACAAAUAUUAUAUGAUAUCACUUUUAUGUGGAAUCUGAAAAAUAGUACAAAUGAACUUACAGAACAGAAACAGACUCAGAGACAAAGAAAACAAACUUAUAGUUACCAAAUGGGAAGGGGUGGGGGAGGGAUAAAUUGGGAGUAUAGGAUUAACAGGUGCACACUACUAUAUAUAAAAUAGAUAAACAACAAGGAUUUACUGUAUAGCACAGGGAACUAUAUUCAGAAUCUUGUAAUCAACUAUGAUGGAAAAUAAUUUUAAGAAGGAAUAUAGAUACAUACAUAUAUAUGUAUAACCAUAUCACUUUGCUGUACACAGAAACUAACACAAUAUUGUAAAUCAGUUAUCCUUCAAUUAAAAAACAAAGUCAAAAAAGAAAUGAAAUUUUAGGUACAGCUAAGGCUCUCCACCUCCACUGGGGUCCCAUUUUCUGCUCCCUCCUUGGGGUCACCACUUCCCUUUCUCCUUCCAUCAGGGGCCCUUUACCUGCAUCCAUGGAUGGGAUUUAGGAGAUUGGUAAACUGCUGAAUUGUAUGUGAAAUUGUAUGUGCACAUCUUUUUCACACAUAUCACAGCUAUUCAGGAAAUCCUCUGGACUCAGUCUCGUGGUCUCCACUGCUACCACUGGUGCACAAGCACCAUUAUCUGUGCUGGGACCAAGUGCUCCCUACCACAGUCACUGACAUUGUAGAGUCUCAGCCGAAUCCUGUUACCCCUUUGCUCACAUCACACUAAUGGCUCCUGAUUUAACUCAAAGUACUUGCAGCCCACAAGGCCCUAUGUGAUAUAUGUCCCUCCAGCCCCCCUGCCUUUCUGACCUUGUCUCCCACCAAGGCUGCCUCCCUCUCCCUCGCUCCAGUCCAGCCACACUGCUCUCCUCACUUUUCCUCAGACACACCAGCGUGGCCGUGCCCGGGGGCUGAUCCCUCUGGCUACUACACUCUUUCUCCAGGUACCCACAUGGUGAAACCUCUCACGUUCUUCUGUUCUUUGCUAACAUUUCACUUCUCAAUGAGGACAACCUGGCAUAUGCUAUUUAAAAAUAUAACCACAGUGGUUAAGAAUCCGCCUGCCAAUGCAGGGGACACGGGUUCGAGCCCCAGUCCGGGAAGAUUCCACGUGCCGCGGAGCAACUAAUCCCGUGCGCCACAACUACUGAGCCUGCGCUCUAGAGCCUGCGAGCCACAACUACUGAGCCUGCGUGCCACGACUAUGGAAGCCCACACGCCUAGAGCCCGUGCUCUGCAACAAGAGAUGCCACCGCGAUGAGAAGCCCGCGCACCGCAACGAAGAGUAGCCCCUGCUCAUGGCAACUAGGGAAAGCCCACGCAGCAACGAAGACCCAAUGCAGCCAAAAAUUUUUUAAAAAAUUUUUAAAAAACUGCAUUCCCACCAAUCUCUCUCUUACUCUGCUUGAAUUUUUCUUUUUCCAUAGCACCUAAUUUCUAGCAAAUUGUAUGUUUGCUUAUUUAUUACGUGUAUUAUUUCUUGCCUAUCUCUUCUUGCUAGAAUGUAAGCUCCAUGAGAGUAGGAAUUUUUGUCUAUUUUUUUUUCACUGAUGUUUCUUUGGUCCUUGCAAUAGUACCCGGCACA